AUGGCCACACAGUCGUUACAGCCCAACGACGUAGCCGGGUUGUCGCCCGGAUACGCAGAACUCACAAUCAAUGCCGAGCGAUUGAUAAGUACUCUGGAGAAGUCCUGCUCGUGGGGAAACACGCCGGACGGCGGAAUGAACCGCCUCGCUGCCAACGACGACGACAAGAAAGUUAGAGACUGGUUUAUUGCAGAGACCGCGAAAUACGGAUGUCACCACAAGAUCGACGAAAUGGGGAACAUAUUUGCCAUCCGACCGGGAAAAAACAAUACUCUACCACCAAUCGGGUUGGGGUCGCACUUGGAUACUCAACCGACUGGCGGAAAGUAUGACGGUAUCCUGGGAGUGAUCUCAGCGAUCGAAGUUGUCAAGGUCCUCCAUCAGUAUAACAUAACCACAUAUGCACCAGUGGCUGUGGUAAAUUGGACAAACGAAGAGGGCGCUCGAUUCCCACCUGCCAUGUUGUGUUCCGGAGUAUGGGGAGGAGAAUUUACUGUUGACUGGGCUCAUGCAAGAGUGGAUCCUGAAGGUCGUACACUCAAGGAAGAAUUGCAAAGAAUCGAGUAUCUUGGACCAGUUCCAUGCUCAUAUGACGCCAACCCGCUCCUUGCUCAUUUUGAAGUACACAUUGAACAAGGGCCCAUACUCGACCGUGCAGAGCAGCCAGUUGCUGUAGUCAAAGGCGUGCAAAGCAUCCGAUGGUAUAAUGUUCAAAUUACCGGACGAGAAGCGCAUACCGGAACAACGCCCAUGGACAGUCGGAGCGAUGCUCUCCUUGGAGCAGCGAAGAUGAUCGUUGCUACCAACCAGAUCGUCACCGAGGGCGCCAUCUUUGAACGUGGCGGUCGUGCUACUUUUGCAGUAAUCGAUAGCCUGCCGCAAAGUAUCAACACCAUCGCUGGGAAUGUCCGUCUUGGGCUUGAUAUUCGCGCUCCCACCGACUCUGACGUAAAAUUGAUUGAAUCCUUGUGCAGGAAGCAAUUCCAGGAAAUUUGUACUAAGCAUGGUCUCAAGAUGGAGAUUGACAACUUUUGGGUUUCGCCAGCUUUGAACUUCAACCCUACCAUGGUCCAGUGUGUGAGGGACUCAUGCGGCUCUGUAGGUUGUGACAGUAUAGAAUUGGUCAGUGGAGCAGGCCACGACAGCGUAUAUACAAGCAGAAAGGUGCCAACAGCUAUGAUCUUUGUGAGAUGUCGCGAUGGGGUCAGUCACAACCCCGCUGAAUAUUCAAGACCAGAGGAUUGUGCGGCUGGUGCUCAAGUGCUUCUCGGAGCAUAUCUCAGAUAUGACGAGCUCAUUCAAAAAUCUGUUAAAGCGAAGGCUUAA